AUGACAUCCACAGCAGAUCGACUGGCCCGUCAGCAGGACAGGCAACAAGGCAUUGGCACCAAACAGCAUGCAGUGAAGUUCUCCCAGCAGGAUUAUGAAACUUUGCGCCAGCAGUGUCUGGAGAGUGGUCGUCUGUUUGAGGACAGCUGCUUUCCAGCAGAGAUUAGAUCCCUGGGCUACAGUGAACUGGGACCAUACUCAUCCAAGACCAGGGGUGUGGUUUGGAAGAGGCCAAAGGAGCUGUGUUCCAAUCCAAAGUUCAUCAAUGAUGGAGCCACAAGGACGGACAUUUGCCAAGGAGAUCUGGGUGACUGCUGGCUUCUGGCUGCAAUAGCCUCUCUGACUCUAGACCACCGAAUCCUGGCUCGUGUGGUGCCCCCUGGACAGAGUUUCACCAAAGAUUAUGCCGGGAUAUUUCACUUCCAGUUCUGGCAGUUUGGCGAGUGGGUGGAUGUGGUGGUCGAUGACCGUUUGCCCACCAGAGAUGGCAAGCUGCUGUUUGUCCACUCGGCGGAGGGCUCCGAGUUUUGGAGUGCUCUGAUGGAGAAGGCCUAUGCUAAGGUGAAUGGCUGCUAUGAGGCCCUGGCCGGUGGAAACACUAUUGAGGGUUUUGAGGAUUUCACAGGAGGAAUUGCAGAAAUAUACGCCUUAGACAAGGCUCCACCAAAGCUCUUCCAAAUCAUACAGAGGGCAUUGAGCCAGGGUUCACUGCUGGGCUGCUCUAUUAAUAUAACCAGCACCUAUGAGACAGAGGCAGUUACGGCUCGCAAACUUGUAAAAGGACAUGCAUACUCAGUCACUGGUGCAGAAGAGGUCCAUUACCAAGGCAGGGUGGUUCAGCUGGUCCGCAUUAGGAACCCGUGGGGUCAGGUGGAGUGGACGGGGCCUUGGAGUGAUGGAUCCAAUGAAUGGAAGUACAUCAGUGAAGAUGAGAAAUUAAACUUGAACCAUGUGGCUGAAGAUGGAGAGUUCUGGAUCUCUUACUCAGACUUCAUCAAGCAGUUCUCCAGGCUGGAGAUCUGUAACUUGACCCCAGACACGCUCAUGAGCGAUAACGUGGGCCAUUGGAACCACUACCAGUUUGAAGGGAUGUGGAGGGUCGGCUCCACUGCUGGCGGCUGCCGCAAUCACCCAUCCACAUUCUCGUCCAACCCGCAGUUUGUGGUGCGUCUGGAGGAUGUGGAUGAUGACCCUCUGGAUGGGGAGGAUGGAUGCACAUUUCUGGUGGGGCUGAUGCAAAAGAAUGGACGACAGAAGAAGAUGCUUCACUGCAAGAUUGAGACCAUUGGCUUUGCCAUUUAUGAGGUCCCAGAUGAGUACAAGGGCCGCUGCAAUGUUCAUCUAGGUCCGGAUGUCCUGCUGCGGCAGAGAGCUGUGGCCAUGAGCAGCACCUUCAUCAACACACGUGAAGUGUGUGACCGCUUCAAACUUCCUCCAGGGGAAUACGCCAUAAUUCCCUCAACCUUCCGCCCUCACAAGAACAGCAGCUUCAUUCUCAGGGUGUUCACAGAGAAACGGGCUGCAACCAGGUAUCUUGACACAGACUUACUGGUGUCUCUCUCACAGGAGGAGAUAUCUGAGAGGGAUGUGGAUCCUCACUUCAAGUAUCUCUUCAAGCAGAUUGCUGGCAAUGACAUGGAGAUAUCUGUCUUUGAACUGGUUAAAAUUUUGAACAAUGUCAUCUCUCACCGGUCUGAUAUCAAGACAGAUGGAUUCAGCCUUGAGACAGGUCGGCUUAUUGUCAGUCUGCUGGAUAAAGAUGAAAGUUCCAUGCUGGGACUGAUGGAAUUCCACUUGCUUUGGAACAAAAUCCAGAAAUAUCUGGAGAUCUUCAAGAAUCAUGACACAGACAACUCUGGCACCAUGAGCUCCCAUGAGAUGAGAGGCGCUGCCACUGAAGCCGGUUUCCACGUCAACAGUGCUGUGCUGCAGGCCAUCGUCAGUCGUUAUGCUGAUGCUCAGUAUGCCAUUGACUUUGACAGUUUUGUGGGCUGUCUCAUUAAACUGGAAAUGCUCUUCAAAAUGUUUAAGGCUCUGGAAAGGGCUGACUCAGGGAAGAUUGAGCUGGACAUUCAACAGUGGCUCUGCCUGGCAAUCUACUAGCUCCGGAGACCACAAAAGCGAGGACCCAUUUGCGAUAUCAGCGGGAGGACGAAUUUCAAUCAGUUGACAAU